AGAAAAUAUUCAAGGUCUCUUCCUAAACUGGCCCAGCAAAGAAAGGUUAGAUUUGAGGACUGAAGCAUUCGCAGAGAUGUGCGACCUAAGACUGCUUCAGAUCAAUUAUGUACAUCUCAAUGGAGGUUAUGAACACCUUUCUAAAAACUUAAGGUUGCUUUGUUGGCAUGGAUUCCCUUCGGAAUCUUUACCAGCAAACUUUGGUUUGGAGAAAGUUGUUGCACUCGACCUCCAACACAGUAAAAUAAAACAACUUUGGAAAGGAGAAAAGUCUCUAAUGCAGUUGAAAUUUCUGAAUCUCUGCUGUUCCAAUCUACUAGUUGAAACCCCUGUAUUAUCAAGCCUUCCCAAUCUUGAGAGGUUACUUCUUAAAAAAUGUAGAAGUUUGGUUAGUGUUCACAAAUCCAUUGGAUGUCUUCAGAAACUCGUGGUGUUGGAUUUGGAAUACUGCCUUGCACUCACGCACCUUCCAAGAAGCAUUUGCUACUUGACUUCCCUUGAAUAUCUUUCUCUACAUGCCUGCAAAAAACUUAACAUGCUGAAACUAAUGGAAAGUGUGGAGUCGCUUAAAGCGUUGAAGUUCCUUGAUCUUAGUCAUUGUCCUUCCCUUACCAAAACCCCCAGCUUCUUAGGACUUUGCAAUCUCGAGAAAUUGAUUAUUAGAGGUUGUGAAAAUUUGGCCGAGGUUCAUGAAUCCAUUGGGUGUCUUGAUAGAAAGCUUGUUCUUUUGGAUCUCCGAUUCUGUCGUAGAAUGCUUAGAGAACUUCCAAACAGCAUCUGUAAAUUGAAAUAUCUUAGGAAACUUGAUCUUCUCGGUUGCGAAAACCUUUGCAAGUUGCCAGAGGAAUUGGGGAAUAUGGAACGCUUAAUGGACUUCGAUGCAACCUGUACGGGUAUAAAACACCUACCUCCUUCCAUUGUACGCUUGAAGAACCUCAUAAACUUGAAUCUCAGUUCGCGUAAUGUUAAGGCUUUGGGAUCAGGAGCAUUGCCACCGGUCUCUUUCUCUAGCUUCGUUUUCUUACGUUCACUAGACCUCAGUGGUUGUAGACUUUCAGAAUAUGUAAUGCCCAGUGACAUUGGGAACUUAUCCUCGUUGCGAAAGCUGGAAUUAAGUCGGAACAACUUUCGUAGAUUACCAGAUAGUAUUGAGAGUCUUUCUCAGCUUAGAUUCCUUACGUUGGAUAAAUGCACAAAUCUUCAAUCGCUCCCAAUGCUUCCAUCAGGUAUAGAGUCCCUAAGUGCAUCAGACUGCCAAUCAUUGACAACGCUAUCCAAUCUUGGGUGCCUAACAUCAUUAGUUACAUUAGUUCUAAAUGGUGCCAAAUUUUGUAGCUUACCUGACACCCUCAAGGACUUUUCACUACUCACGAGCCUUCAUCUAAGUGAUUGCACAAACCUCAAGGCACUCCCAGAGCUUCCAUCCAGUCUAAUGCAUUUGCAUGCAAAUGGUUGCACAUCCAUGGAAAGAUUGCCAAAUUUGUCUAACAAUCUGAAUCUACGGUCACUGGUGCUUCGUUGCUGCAACAAGUUAGUUGAGAUUCAAGGCCUGCAGAUGUUACAUUUAGAACUCAUAGACCUAGCAGGUUGCAAAGAGCUGGCAAAUACUUGGUGCAACUUUCUAUUCAAGGAACUAUUUGGAGGUGCCAAAAUUGAAAUAUUUCUUCCUGGGUCCAAGGUUCCGAAGUGGUUCAGCCAUCGAAGAAGUGGUUCUUCACUAUCUUUCGAUGUGCCUGUGGAUCAUAAGAUACAAGGGUUGAUUGUAUGCGCCAUUUAUGGAGGAAACAAAGUCGUCGACUUGACAAGUGAUGAUGAAAUGUGGUUGUGCAGCAUACCACAUACUGAUUUUAGGUUUCCAUUCGAAAGUGGAGACAAGAUCUUAGUAAGUGCCAGGAGUCUAACAGUCCAAGUGAAGGAAUGGGGAGUACAUCUUGGAGGUGAACCAAGAGACAAGUCUAGUGAAGAAGGAGGUUACUGUAGGGUGCUGUAGGGUGAUUAGAUUAUAUAGCUGGGUCAGAAAGUUCUUUUAAGAAGGUUGUGUGGCUUUUUUGAUGGAAUAGAGAAUAUAUGCCAUUGCACCAAACAAUGGACCCAUCCAUCUUCCUUUGUCUUUUAUUUCAAGACAGAGAAAACAAAAAGACACAAGAAAAUAGGGGCUAAGGAAAAAUAAUUUCAUUCUCUCAUCACAUACGUUGGGUGAGUCAUGGGCUCUUAAAGUUAGGGGUCUCUUGGAGGGGUUCAAACAAGAAGAAGCUGCUAUGAAGGCGACAUCCAGAGCAAGGCUGUGAUAUUGUAAUAUCGUUUAUCUCCAAUAAGCAUUUCCAAGAGUGUUUGUUCUCUCUUUGAGGUGGUGAGAAGAUUUAUUCUUGUUUUAUUGUUGUAAACCACCAUUUUAGUAAGGAUUUGAGCUUGAGCAACGAGUGUUUCCUCUUCACAUUGGAGAGGUUUUCCAUGAUAAAAACUGGUAUUGUAUGCUUGCCUUUUGUUUCUUUGA